GGUGUGUCUUCCGGAACGGAGGCGGCGGGCACAGGCUGUUUCCGGAGGGUCCUAGCCCUUCGCUGCGCCGCGCCCCGCCCCUCGCGCGGCCACGUCUCCGUCGGAGCAGCCCGGCUGGCGGCCGCCUAGGCUUCCGCAGCGCCGGGUAUCAUGAUGUUAUUGGGUUUGAUUUCAAGCCACUUAUGAGACUGGACGUCUUCCCAAAAUGGACGGCCUAGUGCGGGUCUUCCCAGGAGCUCCGGGCUGCUGCUAAUGGCCGAGACCGAACCCGCCCGCAGCCCGCUUGCAGCCCCCGAGUAUCGGUCCAGCCUGUGCCGUCCUGACCAUGGACAGAGUGCCGGCCGGAUCCAGCAGUGGCACCCCAGCUCACCCCGAGGCCCUCCCAGAGCCCCCAGGGUCACCGGUGCCACCUGACCAGUGGGCUGACGCCCCGCGUGCCAGUGUCGAGGCCCAUAGAGCCGCAGAUGGAGGGCGAGGCCUGGAUGGACCUGGCAAGGGGGACACCUGUCAGAACGGGCCGACGCCACUCUUCCCAGACCCUGCAUCGCCUCUUGGUCCCGCCACGAGCCCACUGGGUCCCGAGGCCUCUGCAGGUUCAACAGAGGCUUCCCUGCCCCUGGAGAAGGAGGAGCAGGUCCGACUUCAGGCUCGGAGACGGCUCGAAGAACAGCUCAAACAGUACAGGGUGAAGCGCCAGCAGGAAAGAUGCAGUCAGCCUGCGGCCAGAGCACGACUGUCCAGCACGCUCGACCCGGAGCUCAUGCUGAACCCGGAGGCCCUGCCCCGUGCCAGCCCGGUGGCUCUGACAAAGGAGUACUCCUUCCUGCGCACCAGUGUCCCCCGAGGGCCGAAGGUGGGCAGCCUGGGGCUCCUGGCGCAUCCCAAGGGGAAAAGAAGUUCCAAACCAAGCAAAAUCCGGUCUCUGGCCGAUUACAAAACUGAAGACUCCAGUGCCGGGAGCUGUGGUGGGAACGCUCCGGCCGCAGACGCUGCCGGGGGCGCCCUGAAGCAGAGCCGGAGCAGCGUGACAUCAGUAGUGUCCGAGGUCAGCCCGUGUCCUGAGGCCGAGGACCACCUGGAGAACGCGUCCCUGACGGGCGACAACAUGUCCGAGGCUGACGGGAACGAGAGCGACAGUUCCUCCCUCAGCAGCGUGUCUACCCGUGGGACGCGCGGGCUUCUGGUGGACCCCGUGGGCACUCGCGACGCUUCCUAUGUGGUCAACGGCCAGGAGAUCGCCGCCGCUGCCCUGGGCCAGUUCCCCUCCAUCACGGAUGUCCUCCAGGCUGCGGCGGCCGAGCACCAGGACCAGGGACGGGAGGUCAACGGGGAGACGCGGAGCCGGACAGACAGCAUCUGCAGCAGCGUGUCCCUGGAAAGCUCCGCCGCGGAGACCCACGACGCAGUGCUGCAGGCCCUGAAAGACAAGAUGAGACUCGAGGGUCAGCUGGAGGCGUUGUCUUUAGAGGCCAGUCAGGCACUUAAAGAGAAGGCGGAGCUCCAGGCGCAGCUGGCCGCCCUGAGCACGAGGCUGCAGGCGCAGGUGGAGCAGAGCCACAGCAGCCAGCAGAAGCAGGACUCGCUCAGUUCGGAGGUGGACACCUUGAAGCAGUCUUGCUGGGACCUGGAGCGAGCAAUGACUGACCUGCAGAACAUGCUGGAAGCCAAGAACGCCAGCCUGGCAUCGUCCAACAGCGACCUGCGGCUGGCCGAGGAGCAGUACCAGCGACUCGUGGCCAAGGUGGAAGAGAUGCAGAGAAGCAUCCUCAGCAAGGACAACACAGUGCACGACCUGCGACAGCAGAUGACGGGCCUGCAGAGCCAGCUACAGCAGGUGCAGCUGGAGCGGACCACGCUGAGCAGCAAGUUGAAGGCGUCCCAGGCCGAGAUCGCGUCUCUGCAGCACGUGCGGCAGUGGUACCAGCAGCAGCUCGCCCUGGCGCAGGAGGCCCGGGUCCGACUGCAGGGCGAGAUGGCCCACAUCCAGGUUGGACAGAUGGCCCAGGCAGGCCUCCUGGAGCACCUGAAACUUGAGAACGUGUCCCUGUCGCACCAGCUGACGGAAACCCAGCACAGAUCCAUCAAGGAGAAGGAGCGCAUUGCCAUCCAGCUCCAGGGCAUCGAGGCCGACAUGUUGGACCAGGAGGCUGCCUUUGCGCAGAUUCAAGAGGCCAAGACGAUGGUGGAGGAGGAUCUGCAGCGGAGGCUGGAGGAGUUCGAGGGCGAGAAGGAGCAGCUGCGGAAGGUGGCGGCCGCGGCCGCAUCCCUCGAGCAGCAGCUGGAGCAGGUGACGCUGGCGCUGCAGCAGCGAGACCAGCAGCUUGAGGCCCUGCGGCGGGAGCACCUCGACCUGCUGAAGCAGCUCACCUGUGCGCAGGAGGCGCUGCAGGCCCGGGAGCGCGCCCUGGGUGACGUGCAGGUGCGCUACGACGAGCUGCAGGCCCGGCUGGAGGAGCUGCAGGAGGAGGCCGCCUCCAGGGACGACGCGAUCCGCUCCCUGCAGAACGAGAAGAUCGUCUUAGAGGUGGCCCUGCAGGUGGCCCGGAGCGGCGGGGAGGGGCUGGACAGGGGAGCGCAGCGCCUGGCGGAGGGCGCCGAGGAGACGUCGCAGGUUCUGGAGCAGCUGAGACAGGAGUUGGCCGUCAAGUCCAGCCAGGUGGGGCACCUGCAGCAGGAAGCUGCCACUCUGAGAAAGCAGACGCAGAAAGUCAAGGAGCAGUUUCUUCAACAAAAGGUGAUGGUGGAGGCCUACCGGCGGGAUGCCACCUCCAAGGACCAGCUCAUUGGUGAGCUCAAGGCCACGAAGAAGAGGCUGGACUCAGAGCUGAAGGAGCUGAGGCAAGAGUUAAUUAAAGUUCAAGGGGAGAAGAAGUCCGUGGAUGUGGAGCAUGUGCGCCUGCAGAAGGAAGGGUCCCACGUCCGUCAGCAGAUGGCCGACCUCGAGGGGCAUCUGCAGGUGGUGCAGAGGGAGCGCGACGAGAUGGAGACACACUUACAGUCUUUGCAGUUUGAUAAAGAGCAGAUCGUAGCUCUUACGGAGGCCAACGAGGUGCUCAAGAAGCAAAUUGAGGAGCUCCAGCAAGAAGCCACCAAGGCCAUCAUGGAACAGAAGCAGAGGAUGAAGCGCCUGGGCUCAGACCUGAGCAGCGCCCAGAAGGAGAUGAAGACCAAGCACAAGGCUUAUGAGAGCGCUGUGGGCAUCCUGAGCCGCCGCCUGCAGGAGGCCCUGGCGGCCAAGGAGUCGGCAGAGGCGGAGCUGAGCCAGCUGAGAGCCCAGGGCUCUGGCGGCGGCAGCGACCGCACUCUGCAAGAGAGAAUCCAGGCUCUGGAGGCAGAGCUGCAGGCCGUCGGCCACAGCAAGACAAUGCUGGAGAAGGAGCUCCAGGAGAUCAUCUCACUGACCAGCCAGGAGUUGGAGGAGUACCGGGAGAAGGUGCUGGAGCUGGAGGAUGAGCUGCAAGAGUCCAGAGGCUUCAGGAGGAAGAUAAAGCGCCUGGAGGAGUUGAAUAAGAAGUUGGCCCUUGAGUUGGAGCACGAAAGAGGGAAGCUUACGGGCCUGGGGCAGUCCAACGCGGCCCUGCGGGAACACAACAGCAUCUUAGAAACCGCGUUAGCCAAGAGGGAGGCCGACCUGGUCCAGCUGAACCUCCAGGUACAGGCGGUCUUGCAGCGGAAGGAGGAGGAGGACCGCCAGACGAAGCAGCUCGUCCACGCCUUAGAAGCCGCGCUGGAGCAGGAGAAGGCCAAAGUGCACAGCCUCAAGGAACAGGUUGCUGCAGCCAAGGCGGAGGCAGGACAUAACCGCCGCCACUUCAAGGCCGCCACCUUGGAGCUGAGUGAGGUGAAGAAGGAGCUUCAGGCCAAGGAGCACCUGGUGCAGAAGCUGCAGGCCGAGGCCGAAGGUCUUCAGAUCCAAGAGGGGAAACACUCCCAGGAAAUAGGACUGUUCCAGGCGGAGCUGGAGGAGGCCCGGACCCAGCUCCAGCUCCUGCAGAAGCAGCUGGACGAGCAGCUGAACAGACAGCCUGCGGGAAACCAAGAGAUGGAAAAUCUCAAAUGGGAGGUGGAUCAGAAAGAAAGAGAAAUCCAGUCCUUGAAGCAGCAGCUGGACUUGACUGAAGAGCAGAGUAAAAAGGAACUGGAUGGAAUACAGCACUUACUGCAGAAUAUCAAAGCUGAGUUGGAGACGGUGCGAGAAGAUCUGUCCCUGACCCAGAAAGAUAAAUUUAUGCUGCAAGCUAAAGUGUCCGAGCUGAAGAACAACAUGAAGACUCUGCUCCAGCAAAACCAGCAGCUCAGGCUGGACCUGCGGCGUGGCGCGGCCAAGACGAGAAAGGAACUGAAAGGCGAGGCCGGCUCUUCGGGCCCCGUGACGCCGGUGAAGAUCCCCGACUGUCCCGUCCCGGCCUCCCUGCUGGAGGAGCUGCUGAGGCCCCCGCCUGCCGUGAGCAAGGAGCCCCUCAAGAACCUCAACAGCUGUCUCCAGCAGCUGAAGCAGGAGAUGGACAGCCUUCAGCGCCAGAUGGAAGCGCACACCGUUACCGUGCACGAGUCGCUGUCCUCGUGGACUCAGGGGGACCCCUCUGCCAGCCCAGCUCCCCUGGGAGAUCAUGCCAACCCCCGGGGAGACACGGAGCAACUCGGCCAGUGCAAGGUCUCCAGAGAGGAGCUUGGAACAGCGGCUGCCGAGCGUCCACAGUCCGAGUGCUUGUAACUGCCCAAAGGAAUAUUCUUUUGUCAAGGUUAUUUAUUUGACUGUUUGCUCUGUUUUUCUAAGAGAUGAGGUUUAAAUUUUGCAUUUGCCUUUACAAGGAGUAAAAGGACAGAACGAGAGCUGAGGAUUAGAGAAAUAGUCAUUUGCAAAUCACAACUAGCUUUUCCCACGAAAUGACCAAGUCUUAACAACAUAACCUAGAUCUCAGCAAGAAGGUUUUGGAUGUGUCCGAAGGGAGUCUCUCACGAGUGACCGUAGAUGCUGCUGUCUGAGGGGGACGCCAGCCGGCGGCCCCCACUGGCAGUGCUGCGUGACCGGGUCCCAUUUCUCUCUUUCCUGCCCAAUUCAGUAAGAGCUUUACCUCUCUACAGAAACGAAAGUUUAUUUGCACCUUUGGUUUUUAUUUUAUUUUUAAUGGCUAUCUCACCAUAGGAUGUGUAUAUAAAUACUGAAAAUCAAUCUAAUCUUUAAAAAGUAUGUCUGUAUUAUUUAAGGAUGACCUGAAUUGUCUUUUUGUUGAUUGCCUUUUGAAAAUGUGCUGUCAGGAAUUAAUGCACACGUAGGGUUUAGGGAUGUCAGUCAGAAAAUUAUAUUUUAAGAAAUCAUUAUUUUAUUUACUGUUCUAAAACCAAAUAUUCUUAGACAGAAAAGGGUCUUUAUUUUAGUUUCACGUUAUUUUUGAGGGCCUUGUCGUAAGUGCACAACACCCCCUGCCAUCCAACCCUUGGCCCGGCACGACCUCACUCACCUUAGCUGACCCCAGUCACUAUGCGCUGGCCUGACGUGUGAGAUGCUUGGGGAGAGGUUCCAGGAGAGGAGGGGAGGAGGGCCAGGGCUCCAAACCCAGGCUUCCGCAGGCCACCCCCCCCCCCAACCCCACGCCUGCACGAAAAUGUCCAGCAGAGCCUGUGUGGUCAUCAGAGGACACGCUGGACUCUUCAGAAGGUUUGGAAGGUCCUGCAGCCUCUCCGCUGGAGACACUGAGGUUUCUAGAAGGGGCAGGUCAGCUCCGUGGGGAGGCGGUGGUGGUGGCCUCCCCAGCUGUCCUGUAGGGGAGGAGCUGGAUUUGGAGCUCCCUGAGCGUGGGAGGUUUCUUGUGGACAUUUCUCCACCUGAAACACAGAGGCGCUGCAGAAACUGACUGGCCGUGACCCCUGACGUCUGUAACUUUGUCCCCUACUUGACUGCGAAAUCUAAACUAACCCUCACUGUUGUGAGUUAGAGCAGAGAGGCCUCUGGUGCGGAUCUGCUGGUCUGGAGAUGAACUUGGAGGGGUUACUGAUGGGGCCACAUCCGCCUGUGUCGACUCACUACUUUUGUCUCUCUUGAGGAGAAAACAGUUUGGUAUUUGAAAGCUGUUUGUGUUCUCUCACAAGAUGCUGUUAGAAGGUUCACUGAUAAAGUAGCGUUAACCACAAAGAUGUUUAGUGUUUAAAAAAAUUCCCUAGCGACUCUUGGGACUUCUGAAGCUUGUAUAUCACUUGUACAGGGUUAAUCUUAAAGUAAUACUUGAAGACUUCAUUAUAAAUAUAUCCUAUUUUUCAUCUUGAGUUGGAAACCGUUUUUGACAAAAUUGUUUUUGUACCAUUAGAGAAGAAAAAAAUCAUAAUUUACAUUCUUAUUUAUUUGGGGUGUAUUAGCCUCAGUUUUAAUUUUAAAACCAGCACGUGACACUCAGCCUCCUGCCGUGGCUGCUUCCUCACUGCUGCGUGCCGGCGGGCCCCCCGGGGACGGUCACUGCGCGUCUUCUCUUAGGAAAGGGUCAGCUGGUUGUGAGCAAGUCCCUGUUCCUCACCUCCUUUCCUUCAUGUCUUACCCUCUGUGUGCCGUGUGCCUGCGUGUGCGCCUGCACAUGCACGUGCGUGUGGCUGUGCCUACGUGUGUAUGUGUGUGCGCCACUGUGUGUGCAUGUGCACGUGUGAGUGGACCUGUGUGGGUAUGCACAUGUGCGCGUGGGUGUGCCUGCGUGUGUAUGUGCAUGUGUAUAUGUGUGUGUGUGUGUGUGUCCGAGUGUGCGUGCGCAUGUGCCAGUGUGUGCCUGGGUAUGCGCGUGUGCCUGUCAUUGUGUGUGCGUGCCUGCCUGUGUGUGUGCAUGUGUGCACGUGCUCGUGCCUGCGUGUGUGUGCUUGUGCGUGUGUGAGUGCCUAUGCGUGAGUGUGCGCCUGUGUAUGUGUAUGCCUGUGCUCAUGCCUGUAUGUGCCUGUGUGUGUGCGUGUGAGUGUGCCUAUCCGUGUGAGUAUGCGCCUGUGUGUAUACGUGUGUGCGUGUGUAUGCAUGCAUGUGCUCGUGCCUGCGUGUGUGUACGUGUGUACAUGUGCUCCUGUGGCGAUGGCAGCAGCGCCUCCUGGUUUCCUGACGUCACCCUGUGCCUUUGUUGUCACCCUCUCCGGUUCCCGAACGCCCUGGCUAUCCCACCCGCCGUGCUGUUUCCCGUGUGGCCACAGCCCCGGAUCUGGGGCCUUUCAGUCCAGCCUUUUGUUAGGCUUCCUUAACCAGCCACCUGAGAGAGAAAACUGGACUUGGAGGCCACCUGCUCCUGAUCUGUUGAGGGUUUGUUGUUGUUUUUAGCCUCCGAGGGCCUCGACUGCUACCUCCCAGAGCCAGAGUCUGCAGUGAGUAUCAUUUGAAACGUUCUCCUGUUGUGCAGAAGUGGGAAUUUGGAAUUUACUCCUGGAAAACAACAGUCCAGUCUGGAGUGCUUAGAAACCUAGGUUUGCUGUUACGUUAUGUUUGUGGAUAUUAUUCAUCCUGGGUCACGAAUUCUGUAUGUCGUGUCCUCACUGCAGAGGACACUGGUUUGGACACUUCAUCGUGUCAUUUAUUUUUUUCUUACGUUCCAAAAAAAAUGUUACUGCAGCGUGGUUAUCUGAUCUGAUCCACUGAUCUUUCUGUGGAACACGGGAUAGAUGCCAUUGGGUCUUAUGGAUUUAUAUGCUUUUGUUCUACUUUCUGGAAGGUCUAACAGGCAAAGUUCUGACAGGAUGUGAAACUGGCUUUUACUGUGGCCUGGGGUCCGAGUAAUGGGACAGGCCUGCUAAGAAGAUUCUCACCAAACUCUUUCUCAGUUUACAGACUUUUCUUGGUGUAGAUGCUGCCGAAGCCAUGACAGGUGUUCCUACUCCCAUGAGUAACUUGUCACAUAGAAAUGAUGUGUCCUGUGUGAAGAUUUCUAGUAGUGAAAGGGACCAGUGUGUCUGAAAGACACAUGUCCUGGAGCCUUCCGCAAGGACCCCUGUGACAUGUGAGACAUUCUGAGCCUUACUCGAACAAGUUCACUGACACACGUUCCAGGCACAUCUGGUUGUGUGAUGGUCUCAGGUUAUAAUAGGAUCCUGGAGGGUAACGUUUUAGAGGAUCUAGAAAACUUGGUGGCUUUAAGUUACUCAUUUCUGUUAAAAAUUUCCUCAUGAAAGGAUGUCCUCAGGUUGGGGCUGUUCAGGGGAAAGGUGUCACCGUGCACAACGAAUUGUAACUUUAAAAAGCAUGUUGAUUUUUUAUAAAUGUAAGUGUGCUGGGGAAUUCCUUAAAUUUUGUGCAAUAAACUAUUUUUUGUUAAAGA